CGAUCACUCAUUAACGGAAAUUUCCGUUACUGUCUCCUUGAUUAAUUAGUCCGACACAUGUGGAUUGAUAUGGCUUUUGGUAAUCAUGUCUUUAUUCUCUUUAACUGUAUUAUUAGAGAAUGAAACAGCCAGAGAGUGGCUGCUUUGUAGAACAGAGAAUAGCAUACAGCCUUCAACUAUAGAGACAGCUUACGCACUCAAAGCAGAAGUUGAGGUGGAGGGCCACUCAUUGUCUUUGGAGCUGCUAGUAAAGCCAAUUGGAGUUGUUAACAGAAUAUUGAUUGGCUAUGUAUUAGGAGAUCCCUACCAGUUUGCUCUUCCAAAGUUCUGGGGCCCCAUGGUGCACCCAGCUUGUCGAAGGUUUAUAUUUGAUUUGGAGAAGGGAGAAUUUUUAGAGUUUCACUGGUAUGUACACAAUAACACGGUUCUGGUCAACUGGAUGAAGUUCCCGACAGUUGACCACAGAAUAAGAUAUUUUAUUCUUUUUGAAGCCCCUGAAGUUGACAAGCUACCUCAUAAACUACUACACAGUGUUGAAAUUGUUACUGAAAGAACUAUUGACGAAGAUUGCUUAUACUCAGAAGAAGAUUUUCAAUUUCCAGCACAUAUAGAGGAGGAGCUGAGUUCAGUACCCACUUUCCUUCACACACUUCAAAGUAUGCUUGGAGUGUUUGGUGGAACUUGUCGUUGGUCCCGUUAUGAUCCAGACAGCCUUGACUGUUUGAGCGACUCGUUAUAUUCUUAUUCCGUUGUGGUGAGAAACAUAAAGUUUGCGGAGAAUCUUAGAAAGAGAGAGUUGCAACGUUUUUGUCACUAUUUUGCAGACACGUCCUUUGCCAGACCCAGUUGUAAAAGUAGCCGACUUGCGUUUCAUGAAAUUGACUCUUCCCGAUAUCCUAUGGAAGAUAGAAAUUUAGUUCAAUGUAAUAAUUUUUGUGGAGCGUCCAAUACGGAGUGUGUAGUUUGUCAGUCAAGGCAAGAGGGUCGCAGGGUAUGGGGUUGGACCAACUCGUGGAAUUUCAUACCAGGCGAAUAUUUAGCAGCACAAGAAGUGUUAUCAACAAAGAGCAAAGAAGGAAAUACGGAAGGCGAGCAAGAUAGCACUUCUGCUAUUUAUUGCAGCACUUUUGGACAUUCUUCACUUGCCGACUCCUAUUCUUCCUGCUCUGGAAUUCCUUCGAACCUAACGUCAUGCGAAGAUAUUCCGGUUGGCAACUUUGCAGACAACAUGUAUGGUCUGGAGUCCUUUCAUUUUCUCGAAACUUAUUUUGAAUGCUCUGCUGAAGACGCCUACUCAUCAGAAAGUCAGGAAGCAGAUAAGGACAUUCUUUUAAGCUAUACACUGAACGAUGACAUUCAGACAUCAUAUUUUGAAAAUGAAAUAUCAGAAUACCUCGAAGAUCAAUCCGAGUCCUUGUUUCAAGAUGUUUAAACAGGAUUGAAUGGUAUAGUGUACGUGUUUGGUGCAAACUCUGCCUGUUAGGAAAUGUCAAAUAUUAUGUAUUCUGUAAAUAAAAUUUUUUUGUAUAUUAACUCGAACGACUUGGAAACGCUAUAAGGCUUAAUCUCGUGAGUUUAUAAUAACGUCCGCUCGAAACUUGCAAUGUGAAAUCAUCUCUGCAUUCCUACGAUCAUUAUAAGAAACACGAAAGCUUGCCUCUCCUGGUGCCAUUCCUGGGGAAAAAACAUCAGUGAAAUGAGCAACAAAACAAGUGUAUCCUAACCGACUUCAUUAACCAUUCUUUCAAAGACUCGACUCAUUGCUAGUGAAAUGUCACAAUCCAGGUACCAUAUUUCAUCUAACAUA